AUGAGACAGUACCGGGACCCUAAGAACCCGCCUUCACUACUACUCUUGCAGGCUGUUCUAUUAGCUGGGUCCAGGGUGUGCACUAAUCCACAGCUCAUGGACGCGAAUGGAUCCACCACGCCGGCGGCCAUGACCUUUUACAAACGUGCAAAAGCGCUAUAUGAUGCCAACUAUGAAGAUGACAGAGUUACCAUCGUCCAGGCUUUGUUAUUAAUGGGCUGGUACUGGGAGGGUCCAGAGGACGUAACGAAAAAUGUCUUUUUCUGGACAAGAGUUGCAAUCAUCAUUGCUCAGGGAUCCGGCAUGCAUAGAAGUGUGGAAACAUCCCAGCUAAGUCGGCCCGACAAACGUCUAUGGAAACGUGUAUGGUGGACACUCUUCACCCGAGAUCGAUCUGUGGCAGUAGCUCUGGGGCGUCCAGUAAACAUCAACACAGAUGACUCGGACGUGGAAAUGCUCACGGAGGACGACUUCAUUGAAGAUGACGCAGAUGGGCCGGCAGACUACCCACCUGAUUCCACACAUGUUCAAUUCUUUCUCCAAUACGUCAAGUUGUGCGAGAUCAUGGGCCUGGUUCUCUCACAGCAAUAUUCAGUGGCUUCCAAGUCACGACGCACCAACGCAAUUGAUUUAACGCACAGCGAUAUGGCGCUGGCUGACUGGCUGCAAAACUGCCCCAAGGAAGUCUACUGGGAGCGGUCACGGCAUCACUUCUGGUCUGCCCUGUUGCAUUCAAACUAUUAUACUACUUUAUGUCUAUUACAUCGAGCCCACAUGCCUCCUGCAACUGCUGGCCAGAACGCGGGAAAUGAUGGAAUAUCAUACCCUUCCCGCACAAUCGCCUUCCAAGCCGCAGCCAUGAUCACGUCAAUUACCGAGAGCCUACAAAAACACCAGCAGAUUCGCUUUGCCCCUGCUUUCAUUGUUUAUAGUUUGUUCUCUGCAUUGAUUAUGCAUGUAUAUCAAAUGCGGUCCUCUGUCCCAAGCAUAGUCGCCACGAGCCAGGAGAGGAUCAACAUAUGCAUGUCAGCACUGAAAGAUGUUUCAAAAGUAUGGCUUGUUGCCAGAAUGGUACAUACUCUCUUCGAAUCCAUACUGGGCAAUAAAGCCCUCGAAGAGCGGCUGCAGAAAGCAGCUGGGAAACGCCAUCAGAAGACGAGACGACAGCAGCAACAGCCACAGUCACAGCAACCACAAGAGACUGUGAAACGGCCUGAUCCACCAAAGAGGAAAUUCGACGAUAUGGACAUAAGCAUGCCCAACGGUCCUCCUGCAGCUCAGGUCUCGUAUGAGCGGUCGAGACCACAGACUCCCGCCGCGACGCCGUCGAUGACCCCAAGCCAAUUACCAGGAAACAUGGCAGGCCCUGCGGCUGGAAAUACACAGCAGCAACAACCGCACCAACGCAUGCCAACAGAUACCUUCAUGGGGACUGGCAACGGAGCCCCCGGCACAGGGACAGGCAAUACCCGCCCAACCUCCCCCUUCAACCCAGCGCUAUCGAUCCCCCAAUCUCCACCAGACCUAUUCCUCGUCACUCGCAACUCUCCCAGCAUCUCCCAAUCACUAUGGGAAAACUUCCAGCCCGACCAACUCUUCCCAGAUGGCACCAACAUGUCCUUCCCCGGUUUCUCACCGUCCUCCACAAACGUCGACCCACAACUUCAAAUGCCCAGUUUAAACAACACGGCCAUGCCGAUGGGUAUGCCGGGCCAAACACAUCUUUCACCACGGUCUGCGCAUAGCCCGACUCUCAUGGCUGGUUUAGGCCGUAUGUCACCACAGCACCAGAUGGGGCAGGGAGUGCCGAUGCAAGGACAAUGGCCUAUGCAGACGUUCGAUCCGAAUGUUCCCAUGGAUGCAUCUAGUCAGGAUGACAAUUGGAGUAACUCUUCUCGGCAGCAGGGGCCGAUUCCACCUACCCUUAACGUCGAAGACUGGUUCCAAUUCUUCGGCAUCAACGGCCUCCCCGAUCUGUCUGUUGAGAAUCUGUAA